AUGGAAAACAACUCUUCACAGCAUGAAGAGUCCGAGUCUGCCGUCUACACGGUCGUGCACGUCCUGUCGCUGGUGUUACUUGGGAUUACCUUUGUCCUGGGCCUCCUGGGAAAUGGACUCGUCAUCUGGGUGGCUGGCUUCCGGAUGCCACGCACCGUCACCACCGUCUGUUACCUGAACCUGGCCAUCGCUGACGUCUCCUUCGUGACCAUCCUGCCGUUCGUCAUCGCCAGCCAGGUCAUGAAAGGAGAAUGGCCUUUCGGGGGCUUCCUGUGCAAGCUCAUCACAGGGGUGGCGGACACAAACCUAUGUGGAAGUCUCUUUCUCAUCACGCUCAUCUCUCUGGACCGCUGCCUUUGUGUCCGGCAUCCGGUCUGGACCCAGAACCACCGCACCGUAGGUCUAGCCAGGAGAGUGAUCAGUGGACUCUGGAUUCUCGCCCUGGUUCUUACGUUACCGAUGUUCAUCCUCUCGACCACAUUAUAUAGUGAGGAAAAGAAACAAUACUGUGUUGUCAAGUAUAUUUAUGAAUCUUGGGGUAACACUACAGAAGAGAGGUUAAGGGUGAGCCUUUUUCUGUCAACAUCCCAUGGAAUCAUCCGCUUCCUCGUUGCCUUCAGCUUCCCAGUGUUCACCAUCACUAUCUGCUAUGGGCUCCUGGUUACCAGCCUCCUCAAGAAAGGCCUGGUUAGACCCACCCAUCCCUUACGCGUCCUCACGGCUGUCAUCAUUUCCUUCUUCCUCUGUUGCUUCCCUUUUCAGCUCAUCACUCUCCUGAACACGCCCUGGAUCAGAGAGGAGCUAUUUAGAAAUAGAGAAAAGCUCUCUGAUGCCCUCUUUCUUGGCACGAGAUCUCUGGCUUUCUUCAACAGCUGCCUCAACCCUAUGCUCUAUGCCUUCGUGGGUCAAGACUUUCAAAAGAGACUGCUCCACUCCCUGCCCGCCAAUCUGGAGCGGGCCCUACAUGAGGACUUAGACAACACUGGUGACACAUCAGCCAAUUCUACUUCAUCUCCUUCAGACAGGGAGUUGAAGGCGACGUGA